CUCAUCAUAGCAACAACAAUGGCCGCUUUUCGCAGACUGGCUUCAAUCGUAAACAGGUUAAAUGUCUGGUCCGCUCCGAGAAACGAGUUCCUCGGCGCUCAGACGACUACCGGAGGUAGGACACAGAGAUGCCUAGCUGUUGGGAUGUGUCUCGCAACCGGGGGAGCGGUGGCAUUUUAUUUUUACAACGACAUGUACAGUCAAAGAUGCAGGAAGAGGAUGGGAUAUCGCUUCAGUGGCCGCGACCUGCUCCCUGUCCUUUCCGCUGUAGAAGCACAGCAAAAGACGCGGCCAUUUGACUUUGAGGAAGGGGACGUGUACAUGUCGUCCCACGAGCAGCGCUUCCGUCUGUUCAGCUCAGUGGAAUAUGAGGGACAGCUCUACAUGACCCCACAGAACUUCAUCGAGUCCGUCACCAUGAGCGAGCCCCGGAACAAGAAGCCGUGGAUGUCCCUCACUAAACAGGAGCUGGAGAAGAUCUUGGGAGAUACUCCAGCGGUGUGGCAGGGAACGUCCAAACUGUUCCGGAACCUACGGGAACGAGGCAUCAUCGCUUACACCGAGUAUCUCUUUCUGCUCUGCAUUCUGACAAAGCCCCACGCAGGCUUCAAGAUCGCCUUCAACAUGUUCGACGCCGACGGGAACCAGAUGGUUGACAAGAGGGAGUUCCUAGUGCUGCAGGAGAUCUUCAGGAAGAAAAAUGAGAAGAAGGGGAGGAAAGGAGAUGUGGAGAAGUCAGCUCAGCUGAGUAUGCAGCUCUAUGGAUAUCAGGUUGCUCCCAUCAACAGCGUGGUUAAAAAAGACAGUCGUCAGUUUGUGGCCCGGAGCUAUUGGGACGUUCUGAGGCGCGGCGCCAGUCAAGCCCUGUUCUCAGACCUGGCAGAGCGUUUGGAGGAGGGUAUGAUGAUUGACACCACACUGCUGGUGCACUUCUUUGGGAAGAAGGGGAAGGCGGAGCUGACUUUUGACGACUUCUACAGGUUCAUGGAUAACCUCCAGACAGAGGUUUUGGAGAUAGAGUUCCUGACCUAUUCUAAAGGCAUGACCACCAUCAGUGAGGAGGACUUUGCCCGCAUCCUGCUGCGUUACACCAACGUAGAGAACAUCAGCAGUUACCUGGACAACGUCCGCCAGAGCAUCCCUGACGAGAAGGGCAUCACCUUCGAUGAGUUCCGCUCCUUCUUCCAAUUCCUCAACAACCUGGAGGACUUUGCCAUCGCCAUGCAGAUGUACAACUUUGCCAGUCGCUCCAUUGGCCAAGAUGAGUUUGGGCGGGCUGUGUACGUGGCCACGGGCCUGAAGCUGACACGUCACCUGGUCCACACCAUCUUCAAGAUCUUUGACGUGGACCACGACGACCAGCUGAGCUACAAGGAGUUCAUCGGCAUUAUGAAGGACCGGCUGCACCGCGGAGGGAGGGGCUACAAAACCGCAGAGCGAUUCACUUCCUUCAAGUCCUGUAUGAAGAAGGAGCUAGCUGGCAGCUAAGUGAACAGGAAACAACAUGCCUCCUUCCCCAUCUGCCUGCGUGCCGAGGCCAGGAAACAGGUCCGCCAACUCUAGAGGAGGUUCCAGGCUAGGGUUUAAAGAAGGAGGAAGAGGAUGAUGAGAAGAGGAAGAGGAGGAUGAAGAUGAGGAGGAAGAUGAGGAGAAUAGGAUGAUGAAGGUGGGGAUGAAGACAAGGAAAAGAGAUGGAGGGGGACAGGAGGUGAAGGAUUCAAUGAACAAUCUGCAGGGGAACAUUGUGGUUUUAAGUCUACGUUCUCAGCCACCAGCCCCUCCACUAGCAUGCAGAGAAGCUGACGUUUUGCAACAGACAUGUCAUUGGUUUCAGUUCUCCAGUUUAUCCAAUCGUGGAUCAAUUCCGCAAUCCAUUUUCCUCCCAUUGCAAGUAGGCCAGUGAUGUAUAGCCUACAUUACUGCUCCUAGUAUUUAAGCAGUACUCACCAAACAUUUGAAAAGCACAGAAAAAUGACAGGUUUGUAAUAUAAUAAUAUAUAAUCAUGGUCAAAUAAAGACUGUGACUUACAUUACAGUAAGAGCCUGCAUGGUCAAGUGUAGUAUCUGUAUCAAAUGCCUUUACCAGUGAAAGGUAUGGGAGAAGGAAGAGAAUCUGAAAUCUUAAUGUCUUAAUCCUGUAUUUUUCUAGUCAUGUUUUUUCCCAGUUUACACAGGCCUACUUGCAUAUAUUCAGCAGCAGGUUUGGUCAUCUGACUAGAUAAUAAAGAUCAAUACAUAGCCUACAAAUGCAAUGAAUUCUACAAUGAAGCAAUAGUAGUAUGUUUUUGAAAUGCUUGCAAUUGAUGAUCUUCCAAAUGAGAGAGAGAAAGAGAGAGCAAGAUCAUGAUAUUCCUUUAAGACUCCUUGUCUUCUGUCUGUUGUGUGUGUUACGCUUGUAAUGAUUAGGCGGGGAAGAGGUCUAACUUUUUUUCAUGUGUGCCUUGUUUUCUACAUGUCUUCCUGUCAAAACGAAUUCCAUUCCAGCAACAAAUUUCGUUGAAAAUGUACCUUUUCGGAAAGCAAAUUGCUGACCUGCCCUCCUCCCAGUGUACUGUGAAACCUAGGUUUCCUUGAUUCACUAUGUAAUUGACCAACAUUUCACCUCAAUUGGUAAUGAUAAUAUUUAUUUAUUGAAUUAUUAAUCUGUUUGUAAUAUAAAUCUACCGAACAGCAAUAUUAUGAGCAGACGUUUUGAUUUUAAGUUUUGACCAGUAAGUAAGCAUGAUAGUGAUUUAAUUUUGUUCAAGGAUUCAAGGUGUAUCUCUGUAUUUAGUUUGAAUAUUAAAUAACUUAAAUGGUU